AUGGCUCUAUCAGACCUGUGCAAACAGAGCGAGGAGAGAGCAGCAGAACUGAGGCUCAAGACCCAGGAGAUUAGAUACCGAAAGAGCUGUGUUCUACUGAUCUUGGCACUGACAGAAGAGCUGGUGUUUGCUGUUCAGAUACUGCCUCCGAGUGUAUCAUCGUCUCAGGGCCUCCUGACAGACACUACCACUAUCACAGCCAUGGGGAUAACACCUCGACACAAAGGCCAUCGCACGAUAGGACCUAUUCCCACAACUACUCAUUCAACUCUUCACUCAGCUCGCCCAAUGGAGACACCUGCCCCUACCAUUGACCAGAAGCAAGCAACCAGCAGCCAUCCCGUUGGUAAAAUGGAAACAUAUCACUUAUACAACCAGACUGCUUUGUAUUCAGGACAGACCCGCCCGAAGGGGAAAAUAUUUCAGAUUUUCAAAGGCAACUUCACAGAAUCUACAGAGCCUUACCUAAAGACAGCACUGCACUCUCCCUUUCCUACUUUGAGGCGCCCAUUCACUAACCACCCAUUUCAGCCCCAGAUUGCAGCCUCCAAUGAUCCCAAUAGUACUGGGCCAGCAACUACGACAGACUCAAGCUCUUCUCUUCACAGCAACACCUUGGAAGGCCUUAAAAAAGCAGAGCGGGUAAAUGGAACAUGGCUAGUUAUGCAGAGAGCAGAUCUUACCACGCCAACAGCUGGCCCAUCGACUGAUCCCAAAACAGGGUCGGUGCCUUUUAAACCCACACACUAUGAUAUAUGGGACAUCCUGAGCAAAAAUAACUCUUGGGUAACCUUGAGUCCAGGUACAAAUGUACCUUUGUUUGCCAGCCCUGGAACUGCAACAGCAGCAGGUCAUUCAGUUCAGACCAGCUUUGAUGUCAACAUUUCAUCACCUACAAUGGGAAACCCUAAAGGAACCUCCAUGACACCACACACUAUGGUGAAUAAUGCUACUUUAUCCAACAGGGCUCUCUCCACAGCAUCCACCACAAGGUUGGCCAGCUCCAUUUCAACAGCUGGUUCCACAGCAACGGGAAACUUUCUAAACAGACUGGUGCCUGCUGGAACCUGGAAGCCUGGCAUGCCCGGGAAUAUUUCCCAUGUCACUGAGGGGGAUAAACCCCAGCACAGAGCAACCAUUUGUCUCACCAAGGUGGACAUUGCCUGGAUCAUUCUGGCUAUCAGUGUACCUAUAUCUUCAUGUUCAGUUCUGCUGACAGUCUGCUGCAUGAGGAGGAAGAAAAAGACAUCUAACCCAGAAAACAACCUGAGCUAUUGGAACAAUGCUAUCACCAUGGACUACUUCAACAGGCAUGCUGUAGAGUUACCAAGAGAGAUCCAGUCCCUUGAAACUUCAGAGGACCAUCUGUCUGAGCCACGCUCCCCAGCCAAUGGUGAUUACAGAGACAGUGGGAUGGUCCUUGUUAACCCAUUCUGUCAAGAAACACUAUUUGUAGGACAUGAGCAAGUGUCUGAAAUAUGA